AUGCAAGUCUCCGAAUCUUCCACCCAAGGCACCAGCAACCCUUCCCAAGGCACCAGCAACCCUCCUCGAUACGAUCAGACUGGCGUUGAUGUACCUUCUUCCUUCGAUCACGAAGACGACAUCUCCGAUGACGAGGAAGACUCUAAUAUCGACCCUCAGCUUCUUGCCACCGCCGAAGAUACUUUCUCUACAUUUCUGAAUUCCGAUGAUCAAGCAGAGACCGCCGAGGAUGAUGAUACCGCGACGACCAUGGCCAUGACCGAGGCACUGACCCCAUUGUCUACAUCACCAUUUCCAACCGAGACCCUCGCAUGGAUUGAAGCGCUUGCCAAGCUCAAUGUCGUCCGCAGGUCUCGUGGUCUACCAUCGGACCAGGUAGUGUCACCGGCAAAGGAUUCCCCUUCGCUAUUCAUCUACCGAUGCAGAAAUACAUCCUUCGGAUGCUCCUACACCACUUCUAGGAAGUCGCAUCAUCUACAGCAUGAGUCUGGCUGUACUCCAGAGAGGCUUGAGCGGCUCUCGAAUAUUACAGGAAGACAAGAGCUCGUUUGUCCUCGAGAUGGCUGUGGCCGCACCUUCAUGUGGAAGGAUAGUCUGAACGAGCACCUGCGUGGCCAUGACUACGUUCCUUCAAGAUGCCCCAACCCAGACUGCGAGGAUACUACGGUGUUUACCAAUUUCACUGCGUUCAAUGAGCAUCGUCGCAUGCACGAUGGCGCACAAAAGAUUGACGCGCCUCGCGUCUGCCCUCUCAACGAAAAAUGCAACAACCGGCAGACUUGGAAGAAAGCAAAUGAGCUGAAACGGCAUCUUCGGGGCAAGGUCCACAACCUCAACGACGAGGAGAUUACUGCUCUAUUUCGCAAAUACGGAACCGUGCGUAAGGGUUUCAUGCCUCGCGUCUGCCCUCUCCACGACCAGUGUGGAAAUGACCAGACUUGGCAGAGAAAAUCUGACUUGAAGGGGCACCUCAAACACACUGGGGUGCACAGUCUCAACAAGGAGGCGAUUGAUUUACUUCUGGGGGAUACCAACGUUACCGACGAGGAUGAUUUGACUCACAAGAUGCAGAAGGCGGGAGAGCAGGUGAAGGAGGCUGCUAAGAAGAUAUAUCAGGCAGCUUUGAUGCUUGAGGCAUCUAACGCUGGCAUCAAGCCAGCGAAGAGGCAGCGGACCAUGGAGUGGGGCAUUUACUUCGACAGCAGCGGACAUUUGCUUUGGCAGCGGCGGAGACAGUAA